GUAACUUUACGGUUUGAUUGUGUGAAUGAUUUUAAAAUUAUCCUUCAAUUAUCCGAAAUUUAAUUCAUAUGCAAAAGCAUUAAUGCUGAAAAGAAGAGUUAUAUUUGAUUUUUCAAUCAAGUUUAUUUUAAAUUAAUAGACUAUUUAACCUCCUAACUUUUGUGAUUCGUUUAAAGAGCUUAGCUAGUAUCCCAGAUUGCACAUUCAGAUUCUAAAACAUCCCAGAUUGAAGUUUAGAAUAUCUGUUUAAAAUGAAUCCAAAGUUUGAAAGCAGGAGUGAAAGUAAGUCUCGUAUUCCACAAGGUAGAAAUACAUUUGGUAGAAAUAGUCUCCAGAAUGAAAAUCCAUUAUUUAAAUCCCGACGAUCUUCUUCUGCUGAUCGGCCCAGAAAUUCGGGAGGAAUACCUAAACCAAGGUCUUUGUCAGAAGAAAGGAAAUCUCUUUUAUGCAAUCCUCGUAGAAGCUCAAUUGGCCUCAAUGACUGCAAAAUUCUGAAGGAUCCAAGGCCGCUAUCAGAUAAAGGAUACCAGAGAAAAAAAGUCCAUGAGCUUGUUGAAUUUAUAACCGAUCACAGCAAGUAUCAAACUAAUGCAUCUAAGUUAAUGCCACCUAGCAAGAAAGAUUUUGAAACCAUUUUUCAAAUUCUUACAAACUUUUUUGAGCCUGAUUUUGUCGUUAAGAGGAUUGAAGAGGAUGCUCCUAGAAUUCUGAAAACUCUUCGAUAUCCUUUCAUUCCUGCUAAAUCUGCUUUUGUAUAUGUUGCUCGAACUAACUGGCCAACACUUCUGGGUGUGCUGCUAUAUCUCAUGGACUUGAUUAAGUAUGUUAAUUCCAUUGAAGAUGAAAUGUUUUUCCAAAGUGUAGUCGUUGAAAGACCCCAUGAAUAUGCAAUUUUGCUAAAAUACAUCAUCAACACUUACUGCCAACGAUUGGAUGAUGAAGAAAAGGACAUUGAAGUAUUUACAGCAAUGAUUAGAGACCGUAUCCCAUAUAACAUUGAGGAACUUCGUGAAAAGAAUAAAGAACUGAAUGAAGCAUUAAUGAAUAUUCAAAAGGAAAUGGAUGAAAUUCAAGAACUGAAAGCAGCUUCAGCUGGCCAUGAUAAUAUUAUGAAACAAUAUGAAGAAUAUUUUACUAAAAUGAGAGAACACAGGAAAAAAAGAGAGGCCAGAAUUGAGAAACUUUCUCAAGAAUUGGCAGAGAAAGAGGCUAAGGUACAGGAGUUAGAAAACAUUCUUGCUGAGAAGCAAGCAGCCUAUGAUGCUCAAGGCUUUGAUGGUAAAAAACAGCUGUGUUAUUUCGAAACUCAGAAAAAAGAAUUGAUGGAGAAAUUGCAGUCAAAAAGAGCAGCUGCUAAAAAAUUGACAAAUGAUUGUCAUGAUGCAGAAAUACAAUAUGCUCGAACUUUAGAUGAGGGUGCUUCAGUUUGUGAUACAUUCAAUGAAUUGUAUUUCAAAGUUAGUGAGAAAGCUGCCAGUACCUUUGAUACACUAAAGAAUAUAAAUGAUCCCGUGGUUAAAAAUAUGUGCUCCAAGUUUGCCUUUGAGUUCCCAGAUUGUAAAAUGCAACUCACAAAAAAAAGCAUUCUUCAUCAUGGGGACGCACGUAAAAGUGCAUUGAAUGAAAUUAAAAAGAAAUUUGAUUCUGCAACUUUAAUACUUAACAGUGUUGCUUCAAAAGAAAAUGAAAAAUUACAAGAGAUUUUAAUGAAAAAAUCAGAUUUAUCUGUCAAGAUUAAAGUUGCAUCAUCCCAGGAAACAAAAAAGGAACAUGAUUUAAAUGCAGAAGAGAAGCAAGUAUUAAGUGAAGUGAAAACUUUUGAGGCGCAAUGUGAAGAUUUAUUGAAAAAGCUUGAGGAAGUACGGAAAGAAACAAAUGAAAUUGAAAAAGAGAAUAUUGGGCUUAAAGAAGAAUAUGAAGAACUGGUCACUCUGAGAAAGAAAAAGCAGAGAAUGCUCGAUGAAUACUUGGAAAAACAAAAGCAGAUGGUUGUUCGGCAUGCAGCACAUAUUGAAGCUCUUAAAUUAAAAGUUGAAGAUGCUGGCAAUGAAAUAUAUGAUGUCAUAUCAAAGACAUUAGAAGGAAAUGAAGAAUAAAGACAAACUUGUAUAAAAAAAUUUAUAACUAUAUUUUAUUUCUGUAUAUUUAAAGUAUUCUUG